AUGUGGAACGGUGAUGGAACAGUGGAGUUUAAUGGCUUCCGAGUUCUCUAUUCAGAGGUAGAGUAUGUAAGGAGAAUCUUUGAAAGACAUCCAGAAACCGCAAUGAAUCUUCGUCCAAAGAACCAGUUGGUAAAGAAUGCCUACAUGAACACUCUCCUCGAUCUCAUCGACAUUGUUUGCUUAGCUCCUCAGGAGCUCACGGAGGAAGAGCUAAGAGAUGCUGAGAACACGCUUAUGGAUUUGGUAGGGGUAGGUUUCGAGUUGGAUUGGUUGAAGAGAAAACUUGAAGAGCUUUGCGUGAAGAAGACGAAAAUGGAAGCACGCGGUGCCCGCAUGAGGGAACUUGAUAGAAUGAUUGUGGAACAGAGACAAGUGUUGCUUGCGCUUGAAGUUGAAAGGAAGAAUGAAGAGAACGAGGCUGUUUCCGACAGUGCUCGUCUUGGUUUCGAGGAUGUUGUUUGAACCAAACUCAC